UUAUUGGGGCUGUCUGCGCAGAACGUCACGCCUCAGGCCAUCCAGAGCAGGCAGUCGCCUCUAAUUUCCACAUCCCCAAUACCCUUCCUUUCCUCCGAGGCCGGGCUGCGCUGUCAACGCUCUUCUCUUGAGGCAUUAUCUCAAUUCGGAGACCAACAUCGAGUUCCUUAGUAGGAGAAUGUGAGCUAAACGGCCCCCACGCAGUGACAGGGGCACAUUGAGUUUGUUCUGGCCAGCAAAAACCGGGCAGGGGUGGGUCCGGCAGCAGAUGCAACGAUGCAACUAGCAGGGGCCAGCUAUCGCCAGGCUGGCCCUGAAAAAAAGCUGCUGGAGACGGAAACGUGCCUUCCUUCCCGCAAACAAGCUUCACCCAAGAACCGCCCAGCUAGUCCAGCCAGCCCAAGCCCAGCCCAGCGAUCAUCCCAACCCACAGUCGUUCCCCUAACUGCGCGGCACCGUGUUCUGUGUUGCACAACGCUGAAACCCGACUUCGGACCCUGGAGAAGCGGCCACGAACGCGCCUCCUGAACCCCGCUGCCGUCCCAUUCUUUUACGAGCACGCAGCUGCUGUGCUGCCGCCGCUCUCGGAAUAUCGACCCUCGACACCCGCCUGCGACAGUAAAUCUGCGCGCCCGCGCCCGCCGCUUCCUGCCCCGCCGCCCACCGCCGGUCCGACGUCGUUGCCGCCCUGAUCUUCUCCCGUCGAAGCCGCCCUAGAUCCAGACCACUAGAAAUCCCCCCGACAGCGACGGCAGGCUUGCCUGGCGGCAUGAGAGCACCGUCGCAAGACGCGAUUCUAUGCACCCCUUUUCUGUCCUGACCCUUGGAAUCUUCGUAGCGGGCUACAUCACUGCUCGAUGGGACCUCGUUACUCGCCUCUAUGAACUUGCCUUGUUCGCCUGGGACUACGGUGUUAUUACCCGUUCUGCUAAGGCCUUUGGGCUUCUGACGCUGCUAUUCGUCCUUAUAAUUAUACCCGUGGAACGUCUGGCUACUAGAGAGGCGGACCUGCACCCACGCUCCCCCGGAUCCGGAAUCUCGGCACGCGAACAGCUGAGGCGUCGAGGCUCUUUCUAGGGCGCGGCGCGGAACCCUCGCUCCCACUGCCCCAGCCAUGCCUGCGCAGGAUGGCCUGAUGCGCAUAUUCUGGCCGACCGACACCCCUCGCUCCGAACUCCCCGGUGUCAUUGUCGGCUGGCGCAACUCAUCGCUCGACGUCUUCGUCGUGGCGAUCCUAGACGAUGUCGAGGUGCGAUGACAGCUCCAAGCUUGGCCGUGUCCACCAGGCAAGCUUGCUUGCAGGCAUAGACGAGAACACGCACUGACCUGGAAGCCUGUUCACGCCUGCAGCCUCGGAAUGUAGAAUUCGCCCUAAAGGCGGGCACGCUCCUGAGGAGCGCCCCUCACCCGGUCAGUCGCAUUUUCGAGCUCUGUGGGCAGUCGAGCAUGCAAGUCCUUGGCCUUUCAAACUCUCCCGAUGCGCCUGAGCUAGAUUCUUCCUGGAUCCGCGUCACGACAGGGCCACGCAUAUCCAUCCCGCGGAUAACGUGCACCCGAGCGUCCAGCUUCCAAAUCAUCCUUUUCAAGCGGCCCUCCCCUCUGCGCAUGCAGUUCGUCUCCCUUAGCCCCAUAUCACUGGCUUUGGGCGACAAGAACGAGGGUCUCGGUCUGGCUCCAGCCCCCGGCGAGGUCGAGCCACACGACGAGCGAAAGGAGCGCCUACAGCGGGAGAGCAAGGCGCAGCUAGUCGAGAAGCUCCGGCUGCACUCGGUAGUGCGUAGGGUGCCGUCGGCAAAGGAGAGGGCCCUGCCUCGGAUCAUGAACCAGAUCAACUGGGCGUGGGAGCUAGAGCAACUAUUGCAGAAGAACGUGGGGCGUGUCGUGGGACCGCGAACAAGGGCCAAGCGCAGCCUUAGUGUGUCUGAGCGGGUCGUCGAGUCGGCCACCACGAUGCGCGACUACGUCAUCUUCUGGCUCUGGGAACUUGUGGUCCUAUACGCAUUCCCCGUCAUCCGCAGUGCCUUUGUCAUGGGCUUGCUGGGCCACCGGAUCGCGGCCGAGAUGCUCCUUCGGGUGUUGGAGUGGCGGCCGCGGCCCCGCUAUGCCGCGCUCAAGGACUCGUCAGCCACGGCGCAGCAGGUCGAGAUUCGUCUGCAGCAGUUCUGCUACUGGCCCAUGCAGUAUGCGACACUGCGCAGGCGCAAGAAUGACUGGGAGAGCGUCACCCGAAGCCACCCAGACUACAUCCGGUUCUACAACAGCCUCUGGCUCGUGGCCAACGAUGUUAUCAUCGGCAUCGCCCUCGGGUCCUAUAUUAUUGACAACGCAUCAUGGGUGGCGGACCAGAUCAGCGACCUGCUGAGCACGUAUACUGUCGAGGCCCUACAGACGAGCAUCUCGUGGCUCAUGGGCUGGCCUGCCGGCCUUAAACUGAAUAACGAGCUGGCCGCGUUUCUGGGAGACCUGUUUCUCUGGGUCAUCGACUACUGGGCUAACUGUAUCGAAACGCUACGUCCUGUUCUGCCGCACAUCAUCUGGUUCAUCGGCUUCUCCAGCUUUGCCGGCGCGAGCAUGCCCAUAGCCCUCUUCUCGGACCUACUCUCGUUUCUCACCAUCCACAUCUACUCCUUCUACCUUGCCUCGGCCCGCAUAUACCACUGGCAGCUUACAAUUCUCGUGUCGCUCUUCCAUCUGUUCAGGGGCAAGAAGCACAACGUGUUGCGGAACCGUAUUGACUCGUGUGCAUACGACCUCGACCAGCUCCUUGUCGGCACCAUCCUCUUUACUCUGCUCUUCUUUCUUCUCCCGACUGUCGUUGUGUUCUACCUCAACUUUGCCAUAUCCCGUAUGGUUAUAAUUUCCAUAAAGGCCGCAUUCGACACUCUACUCUCGUGUCUGAACCACUUUCCACUAUUCGCCAUCAUGCUCCGGAUCAAAGACCCGACUAGGUUGCCGGGAGGUAUCUGCUUUGAGCUCCGCGAUUCGGAGAAUGCAAAGAAUGACACCGACGUGGCGCCUAAUCAGCCCUUAACAUCGGUAAUAGCGCUUCAUUCGAUCCCCCUUCCCCUGGGUGCUAUAUUCCGUCAAUACUCACAGAUGGGCCACCGCAUCCGGAAGCACUACCUGUCGCCCAAGGUAGCCUUGUGUCUGUUGACGGGUCGGUUCGUGCCGCCGAUAAACCGCAAAAAUCUGUACAGCCUACAGUACAGCAUGUUGCCGGCGAGGAGGGCGGGGAUAAUGGAAAUGUGGGAGGCCAUCACCUCCCUGCCUCUUGACAGAAACAAGCAGUUCCGGCCGCCAGGUGUGCUUAAUGGGGGAGGGAGCGCGCGGUAUAGGUCAAGAGAUUAGAGACCAAGGGGUCAACUUGUAGAUACCAAUCUGGAAAAAGCAUUUACAGGAUUUGGGAUUUGUUUGCAGGGUCGUAUGCGUUGUGAUGUUAUAUGAACGUAUGCCGAUCUCCGGCGUCAAGCAGUUUAAUCCGGGCGGCCAACUUUGGAGCACCGCCACUUGAG